AUGAGCAUUGCACUCGACAAAUACUUUGCAGCUUUGAAACUCGAAACAGGAAUGAGCAACUUCACUAUUGUCCAAGACCGUGCUUUGCGAAGAAGAAUCAGCCCUACCCCGAAGCAAAAUAACCCACAACAAGCCCUCAGAGACGCACUAACAAAAACAUCAGCCUCAAAGUUUUCCAUGGAUGAAUGCGAUGAGCCUCUCUAUUGUCCUACGCGCCGAUUAAGUUCAGCAGGUCUGGGCUCUGCCUCCGAAAGCUUAAGCUCUGAUUCACUUGGAGCGCUGGUGAACAUCGAUGACUCUUACCGAACACCACCUUCAAGCAAAGAUGAGUUUGUAUUUGAGCAAGCAGCAGAUUCGAGAUGGUCGUCCGCAACAUUGCAAAAGAAACACGAUCACCUCAUGCAUUCACGAGUUUCAUCUAGAAUUAGCAGAGGGUAA